AUGAAUUCGCUUUCGGGUCCCAGUUUCCAAAUUGAACCGAUGCCCGUGGAGGCGGGCAAGAAGACUAACUUUGGUGCCGUUGUCCAAGGUCUUGAUCUCAACAACAUUGCCGAUGCCGAUGUUCAGGCCCUCAAGGAGGCCGUCUGGAGGCACAAGGUCGUCGUUGUCAAGGGUCAAAGGGACCUGCAGCCGAUCAAGCAGUGGGAGCUAGUCACGCGAUGGGACCCCGAAGCGCCACAGGUCCAUUCGCACGGUUCCCUAUCGACCUUUAACAAGCAGGGGGGCCUUCUCGCGGUCAGUCUCACGAAAACGGACCCCGUCCUCCAUAGCACGGGUACGGCGACUGACACUUCGGGGAGACAGAAAAGCCGCGAUGUACACGGGAUACCUGGAGCCGAAAAUGUUCGUCUCAUCGGUAAGGGAUACCAGGGAGCAGACCACUAUGGCCUGCUUGACAAGACAGUCACGAAGCCAUUAUCGCAUGACUGGCACGUCACCGAACUGCCGGCGGAAGAGUUUGCCAAGGGUCACACGCGCUUCCAGCGCUGGCAUCUCGACGCACCGCUGUACGAUCGCGACCCAGCCUGGUUCACAACACUCCGGUGCCUCAAGCGGCCGACGAGCCCCAACGUCACUAUCCACUGGGACGACGGUAGCGGGCAGGCCAUGGAGGUUGAGCCUGGGCUGACGGCCUUCUUUUCCAAUGUGCAGUGCUACGAGCUCAUGACGGCCGAGGAGAAGGUCCUCGCCGACCACUCGUGGGUCGAGUACGCGCCGAUGCCAUAUCUCUGGAUGAGCGCGUGCAGAGGCUCCCCCAACGGUCUCGGCGUCGCGUCCGAGGGUAAGGAGAAGUCGCUGGAGGACCUAGGUGAGUACGACGAGGCCAAGGUGAAGAGGUACCCCAUGGUCUGGGUCAACCCUGUGACGGGCGAGAGAGCCUUCAUGGUGCAUGGCAUGUGCGUGCGCAAGAUGCACCUGCGCAAGUCGUUGGACGAAGAGCCCACCGUGGUUGACGACGUGGUCGAGAUCCGCAAGUGGCUCAAGCCUAUCCAGGAGAGGGUGCUUAAGCCGGAGUACAUCAUGCUUCCCCGUACCGAAGAGGGCGACAUGGUCAUAUGGGCCAACUACCAGAUGUUUCAUACGGCUGUCGACUAUCCGGAUUCGUUUGGGCCCAGGUCCAUGCACCAGGCCAACAUCGGUGCGAGCAAGGGUCCGAUAGGCCUGUUCUCCAUUCCGGUGGCGGCAUGA